AUGCCAAUUGCCCCGGGAGUAUACUGGGACCUGCUAGAUCGCUACACGCCCCCGGUAAAGCGUCGCGCUACUCACGCAAAGGCUCGCACAGGCUGCUUGACCUGCAAGCGGCGAAAGGUGAAGUGUGACGAGGCGAAGCCUUGGUGCGCGCGCUGUGUCAAGGCCGGCUACAAAUGUGCCGGAUAUGAGGACAGCCACAGCCACAGCGGGAGCGGCACGGCCCGCAAACGCGCCGACACCGCCGAUGAUGGUGUGCAGUUGAAGAACGGCCGUUCGCGGCAUUCGCAGAGAUAUGCCCCAGCAACUUUGCGGCCCAAACCAUGCAGUACGGCCGGAGUGGUAGUUCCUAGAUAUGUGGUGGAAGCGCCGAGGGCUGUUGAUCUCGUUCGCUUAUCCCUGACGCCAACGUAUCUCGACGUCGGAGAUGCCAUGUACUUCGAGCGCUUCAAGUUCCAGAUGCUCGCUGACCUGGGUGUUUGGUGCGGCUCCGAGUACUGGCGGCACAAAAUCUUGCGCGAGAUCCUCCUCGACAAGACGGUGCAGCAUGCUGCGCUUGCCUCGGCCGCUAUUGUUAUGGACAUCGAGCAACGGCAGCAGUCUGCUUAUGCGCAGAUCUCUAGGAGAAAGAGUCUGCCUUCGUCACAAGCCGAGACAGAAGCAAGCCCAUUAAUGAGGUCAGGGCCAACAGAGGCAACGGCAACAACAACAUCACUAGAGAAUACGGUAGACGGGGGAGGACAAGGAGAAGAAGAGGCGGCAACAGUUCUGCUACCAGUAGUAACUCUCUCCAACCUAACCACGCACGGAAAAGCCGCGUUGCGCCACUACACAGCGUCCAUCAGCCUGAAUCGCCAGAGUCUCGCAGUAGAGGGUAUAACAUCAGCCACGGCGCGGCCCAGUCUGACAGCGACCUUCUUCUACUCCGUCCUCGAGCUCGUCCAAGGCAACAUCAGCGAGGCGGACCGGAUCCUCACCAGCGGCGUCACGCUCCUCGACAGCGCGCUCUCGCAGCGCACCCCUGCCGGCCGGCCCGCGGUCGUCGAGGACGACGAGAUCCGCGACAUCCAGCUCGCGUUCGACCGGAUGCGGGUAACGUGGGGGCUCUGUCCAUACUUCGGGGGCAAAUACACGGCCGACACGAAGCGCGCGUCCAAGGAUGCUCUCCUUCCCGCGCACCACUUCCAGCUGCCGUCGCCAGACGCAUCGGUCCGGACGAAGCAGAUGUUCUGGAAUGCGUUUUCAAGCGAAUUCGGGCAAUUCAUGGUGACCAUGCAAGACCCCCGUCUGCCUCCCGAGACGCUCCCCUCCAUCCUGGCCCAGCGCACGAAAUACCUGGUCCAACUACGGUACUGGCUGCCCAUCCUAUCAGACCUGUGCGCAGCGGACCCGGGUUCAGCGCUCCUGUGCACGACGAAAGUCUACGCGCAGACGGCGAUUAUAUUCCUGAACUGCUUCCUCGACCGCACGGAACUCGCGUACGACGCGUACACGCCCAUCUUCAAGGACAUAGUAUCGACAUACGAGCGUCUUCUCCCCUCUUCCUCUCCAUCCACCACGACUCCCCCCUCAUCUUCACCCUCGCAUAAAUCCCCAUCCCACUCCUCUUCUCCUCCACCAAGCCAUCUCCGCCUAACCCUCGACGUCGACCUCUUCCACAUCAUAACCUUCACAGUGUCCAAGUGCCGGCACAAGCGCACGCGGGCCGCGGCGCUCCGCGUCUUCGCCGAGACGACGCGCCGCCAGGCCCUGUGGACCAACUCGGGCAUGCUAGCCGCGCUGCGGGCGCUCUCUGAUCUCGAGGACGCGGGACGGGUUUCUCGCCCCGAUUCCACUUCUUCCGACUCCAAUCCUACUAUUACUACAAGUCCGGCCCCAACUUCCGAGAACGACAACAGCACUGAUAACGGGAAUAGCGAUAAUAGCGGCGAUGAAGACGGCUUCGUACCCGCCGAGGCGCGAUACCGGUACGUUAGCUCCGAGUGGGAUUUCCACGGACGACAGAUGGUAGCCGUCUUCGAGCCCGUGGUAACGGCGCAGUCUGUUGUUAUUCGCGUGCCGAUUCAUUUCUAA